UGCCCAUCGAUAAAAUCGAUUUUGAAAUCAGGUUUUUUUCAAUCGAUUACUAAAUUUAUUUGAAAGAAGUAAAACUAUAAAAAAAUAUUUCAACAUUUAGGCUGAUAUGGCACUUUAAGCAAAACGCUUCAAUGAACAAGGAAUGAGGAAGUAACGAAGUUAUCUUUGUAAAAGGAUUGUCAUUGUUUUGACAGUGAUGCAGUUGGACAUCAACGAUUUUUUUAAGAGGCUUUAAAGAUGUAAUAGAAACAUAUAUUUAAGCAUACAUAAACACACCAGAUUUUUUGGAGCCAAAGCAAACUGAUGCCUUUGGAUUACACAAGAUUAAAAGAUUGUAAACCUGAAAAUGAGAACCAAAUAUGGUUUCCAGUUGAAGGAGACCUGACGAUUGAAGCGUCAAAUCACAAAAAUCAGUCAUGCUAUUUGUUUUAUAGAUCAUGCAGGAAACUUACUCAAAGCUCACGAUGUCUGAUUAUUAUUCUAGCAGUAUUAUGCCUUGUCCAUGAAACAGAAGAGUUAUCAGUAAAAUGGUAUCUUCAAAAUCCCGUUGACGUUGGGAAAACAGCUAUUCUUAACUGUACUAUAGACGAAAAGUCCAACGUAUGUCAAAAUAUCAAUUUUAUAUGGCGAUGGACAAAAUAUAGCAAUCAAAGUAUACUUAUUUUCAAUGGAAUUUCAUCCAACAAAAGUAAAUAUACAGAGGAACACAAUGAAAAUUGCACAGAGUCUUCUCUACAUAUACAUAAUUUUGACCAGAGUGAUUUAGCGAUGUAUACCUGUAGUUGCGGAUUUCACCAACAUAGCAAAGAGUUUAACCUAGAAGGUUUUUGUGAAGCGGGAAAUAAAGAAAAUAUAUCGGUACACGCUAUUUUUACAUGUUCGCAUUUCCAUUUGACACUGGAAAUAGAGAUGCGAAAAAUCUUUCCAGCACCUAUGUGUUAUUCCAUUAUAGAGAAUGGUAGACUUAAACACAAAAGAAUACGCACAAAUUUAUCAGAAGCUCUAUACACUACAGAAGACACACUUAAAUUUGUGUUUAAGGAUCACAGUUGUAGUGGAACUAUUCAUUCCUUUUGUAGAUUUAAAAACAAGGAGAAAGAAGUGUUCACUCGUACUUACGACUGUUGUCCUGAUCAUCAUAAUUCAGUAGUGAAGACGGUUGCUAUUGGUUUUGCGAUAGUCAUUACAUUCGUUGUAAUCAUAUGUUUUGUUUAUCUAUUCAGAAGAAAAAUCAAAGAUUGUACACGAGAUUGCUUUCAUAAACAAGAAGGAUUUAACUAUUCGCCUGUGGUACCUUUGCAAGUACAGGAUUAGUGGAUUGAAGACUUGUUCGACAGUUUUCAUUAUUAAUACUAUAUAUUCAUUAUGAUGAACGUUUCAUAUGUAAAGUAACGUUGACAACACGCACACAUGUCGAUUUAUACUGUUUGUCUCUUGUUUUAACAUGUUCAUUGCUGUUUUUUACCUGUACACGAUGUCUCCACACAGGAAUGAUGACAGAAAACUGCAUAAACUGUGCCGUUUGUUUUGUUUACAAUAGGCUGGGAGAAGCGGAAUAAUAUGGCGUAAAUGUUAUUUUAUAUCGUCAAACGUAUCAUGUGAACUCGUUUUUUUUACUUCUUGAUAAUAUGCAUUAUCUAACAUUUUGUGCAAGUUUCAAAGAAUUCUCAAAGACAUUAUUUUCUAUUGCAAAAUUUGGAUCUUAAUCUCCUUACUCCUUUAAUAAAUUUUCAAUUUGAUUUGAUUGACAAAUAUUUAAAUGUUAGUUUCAUCUUUACAAUUAGUUAUGAUGGGUUAAGUCCUCUUCAUAUGUUAUUAUUUAUAAAGAACAAUCUUUCUGAUAUACACAAUAUAUGUCAUCAACAAUAAACACAGUUAGACUGUUAGGAAAAAUUCUGGUAAAUUAUUCGGUAUAACAAAUCAUGGUAGACUAAGUCAAGUAAGAAGAUACUUUCCUUAAGUUAAAAUUAUUUACCAAAAAACGGGGUACAACGUGUCAAAGUUUUUUCGAGUCACAGAUUCGGCAACCGACGUCCACUACAGUUAAAUCCCUUUACAGAGAAUGAUGCAGAAGCUACUGGUUAUUGCCACACAUUGUGUAGUAAAAUAGAAGAAAUGAAAUUUAUAUGGCUUGAAAAUUAGAGAAAAAAUACUUCGAGGAACAAUCUUUUUUAAAAUAUUUUUAAAGAUAAUAAUAUUAGCACCGUGUCAAUUUUUUAAUACAAUAAUAUUAUAUUACAACGUGACUACAAGUUGAAUAGUAGGCACUUAACUUAGUUCAUUGUUUUGUGACAAUAACAAUUUUAUUCAUUUGUGGAUAAUUACCGGUUUUUAUUCGGAUAUGUUAUUUGUAUUCAACAUGAAAUUUCCAGCUUAUUUAAUUGUAACUCUGGGGAGAUUGUGUUAUCAAUAAUUGCUUCCCGGUACAUUUUUAUAUUCAAGUUUUAUUUCAUUAAUACUAAGCAGCCACUGUAAAGCGAAAGCGAACUAAUAUGUUCAGAAAUGGAAAGCAGUGCAUGUUCCACAAGUGUUGUUGAAGCAAGUACACAUCAGAUAAUAAUUCGCUUUCGGUUAUUUUACAAUCGACCUAAUUGAAAUUGUUUGUGUUAACGACAAUAGUAACGUACCCGUGGUCAUAUGUUGCACAUCUAUUUCUUAAUGAUCAACCAAAGUAAUGACAGCGUCCGUAAAAACUUCCAAAAUGAGGAGCUCAACUUAACCACUGGAAAUCUUUGAUGCACUAGCUUUUCCUAUUUCAAGAACAUCAUAAUAUCAAACACAGGCCCUUGAUUAUCAUUAAAUCAGCUGGAAAUAGUUAAACUUGAUAUGCAGAAAUUUUGAACUCCUAAUUAGAUAGAAAACUCAUCAAUUAUUUUAAGUACGAUUAAUAUCUGAUGAUUGAUCCGGAAUUUAAUGACUACAAGGAAUAUAUUCAAAUAACAAAUGAUUUUCAAAUAUUGGUUUAUCCUCCUCACCCAAUUUAUUAGGUAAAACAGUAGAAGAUCAUUGUAAAUAUCAUCUUUUUGUGCAAAAUAAAUGUUUGUAUUUCUUUGACAUUCUUCCAAUUCAUGUUAACCGUCAUCAUAGGGAAAUUAUUUAAUUACUACAUAAUAUAAUUGUUAAUUGUUCUAUUUGAGUGGAUUAAUCUAAUAACCAUUAAUUGUUCCUGUAAUGCAAGGUUCGGAGAGCACUACCGGAAAUUUCACGACACACGUCAUUUGCAAGCAGGUUUAUUGCAUGCGUUAGAGGUUAGCUUUUAACUCAUGUGCAUUAUUACCAGUGUACGACAUUUUAUUGGCUACGUUGUUUAAACCUCACAGAAGCUUAAAGACGGGAAGCAUCAGACAAGACCAAAGAUGUGUGUUCUGAUGUUUAUGUUACUGGUCCUGUCAGGUAUAAGGAAAAACUGGCGUUAAUCUAUUUAUGAAUCAUCUAUUUAAAAAAAGGGGUGUUAUCAUUGCCAGUGAAACAACUAUCAACAAGAGACAAAGCGACGUAUAUGUAGGCAAACAAAGGUCACCGUCCGGUCUCUAUAAGAAGAAAAACCUUUACUGUAGAAUUUACUAUAAAAUGCUCUUAUAUGACUUUAUUCAAAUGGUUAAUAUUAAAACAAUAUAUCAGACAUGUAGCAACAGGAAACUUAAAGUCAAUAAAAAGUUUGUCCAAUUCUUGAACCAUUGCAUGCAUAUAUCAUAAACUUAGUCUUCUGUGCACGAUUUUAUUAUUUUUUACGCAUCCAUUUCGUAUAAUCGUCAAAUAAAAUUCCACACGGUCAGUGUUGUUGUGAAAAUAUGGCAGCUAACUAACGGUCAUGUUUUGUAGCCGAAUUUUACCGAUUGUCACCUUAGUAAACAUCAACACAAAGAAGCAUGGAUAUUCCGGGAAGCACGUGUAUAACAUGUACUUUUGAGAUAAAGAUUAUUUCGAUGACGGAGCGAAGUAUACGUUUGUUGACUCUCUCUGCCAGUUUGGUUUUCCCCUUUGCACUUGCGUAAUUGAGAUCAUCGGAUUUUUACGAGAAAGGUUACGCAGAGGUAAUUGCAUACGGAAAACAUGUGGGCGAAUUGUUGGCUGGAAGCAAACAAUUCAGAAAAAGUAAAUGUCUUCUAAAUUUGGACCAAUCAAAGAGUUUUCUUUAGAAAAAAGUCUAUGUACAUAAGUUUUAUAAUGAAAAGUAGCCAUUUAGUUAAACAUAUGCAUCAUUUUUUUUUAAUUUGAAGUUUCAUAUGACUUUAAUAACAAGUUUCGAACAAGCACAUACAUUAUGUGGCGGGGCAAAACAUUGUUGUCAAUGCCCUCUCUUUACCUAGGAAAUUGACAUAGUUAAUUGAAAAGGGCUUGACUAAUAGCGCUUGGCACAUUGUUCCGAUCUAUGUUGCUUUUAGUUAGUUCAAAGAAAAUUACUAUUUCUAAAUAAAUGAUGUAUUUUCCUAAAAACAAAUAAAUAUUAAAGAUCCAAUAAGGUUGUAAUUUCGGCUGUUUUAAAUCAAUUUUUGGUUUAUAGCAUGCUAAUGUAAUAUGUAGAUUAGCCCUACAUUGUACAUGACCGACAUGCCGAGUCCGAAUUUUUAUGCGCUAGUUCACAAAUAACAGUUCACAUGUACAGGAUCACAUGUCAUCUUAACCGGGCACAUUAUUCUGACUCUAAUCAAACCUGUCUUUGCUCUUUCUCUCUAAUAUCGCGCAGAAACUGCAAAUACAAAUUUUAAAGUCUUUGGUUUGCCUCGGCCGAGUUUCAGAUUUAACGAUAUCGUGUACUCCAUGUGAACACACCACCACGAAACGACCGAGCGGUGUAGUGAUUUUGACUCAUUGGUAGCAAUACAAGGUAAAUCAAUUUCUUGCAACUUAUUUUUGAAAUUAGAAAUGUUUCUCAUCUAUCAAAUUUAAAAAAAUCCAAAAGGUAUAAAAGAAUCGAGUAUAUAACUAACAUGACAACAAGUAAGGGAACACUCGGAAGAAGCAAAGAUGCAAACUCGCGGAUCGUAAUCUAUAACAUUUAUACAAUGCAAGGUUUUAACAAAACUGAAACAUUCUAUAGCGUUUAGUUGCAAUUGAAUUGUUUGAAAAUGUAUGUAAACUAAUAACAUGUAUUAAUCGUUUCAGAUUUUAGCGCUGCAUAUAGUUCUAGCCAUUUAUUGGUUAAACAAAAUAGUAGCAUUGUAAUAACAUGUCCAUUCAAAGUUAAAUCUCUGCCUAUCGUUUGGCUUGGUCCAGGGGAAGAUAAGUUAACUACUUACAGUGUGGGCACGCUCAUAAGUCGCAACAUAUCAGCAUAUAGUCGUAUACGUUUGAUCGGAAAUCAUUCAAACGGUGAAUACAAUCUGAACAUAUUAAACGUUUCUAUGGAUGAUGUUGGGACUUACCAAUGUCAAAGUGUUCAAAAUGGAACUGCUGUGCAAAGAACAUUCAUAUUGAAUAUAUUAGAAAAACCAAAGACUCUUUCCAAUAUUAGAUUCUUCAAAUUCGAAACUAAAAUAGGCAUACCCACCAACAUUGCUGUUAAGGUUAAAAGUUUGCAAGUGCCAACCAUUUCGUGGACUCAAAACAUAGGCGGCGGACGACUUGGUGUUUGGACAGCAACAGCAAAUGGGUCCAACAUCUUUUUAUUGAGGUCAACGGUAGUGGAGCACUUUGGACAGCAUAGAAUCAAAGUUCGAAAUGAUGCCGGAAGUAUUGACCUAACAAUUAAACUUCUUUUGAUAGAGUAUCCAGUUACGGUUCAGCCUUCUAACGCUUACUGUAGUGCAUCAACUAGAGUUAACUUAGUGUGUCAAUUCGCAACUGAAGACGCAAAAGGCUGGCAAACAUACUGGACUCACAAUCGAAAUGGCAAUUUCAUUAAAACUUUGCCCGGAUUCAUUAAUGGAAACAAAUCAACACUGCAAAUAUCAUUUUGUGAUUACAGAGAAGAAGGAGACUACAUAUGCAAGUGGAAGACACAGUUCAAAGAGUAUUCCGCAUCAUCUUUUGUAAGAGCUAACGGUCCACCAAGAAUAACAGACACAGGGCAUUGGUGGGAAAAACAGAAUAUUUGGAUGACAGUAGACUUCUAUUCGGUGCAAGAAUACAUCGUUCAUUGGUUCAAAACCGACAACGCACUAGCAGUUUCCAGACGAAUCAGAAUUUCAAUAUCUUCAUCAAUCGUAAAAUUAAAUUAUACGAACAAAAUGAUCAAAGAAGAUGGUUUCAAAUCAAAGCUAUGUAUUUCUAACUUUAGUAGCAACGAUAUUACUUCAUAUAGCUGUCAAGUAGUAAACAUAUAUGGAAGCGUAGAAUAUACAUUUGAAGAUUAUUUGUUAAACAAUACAUUUAAUCAAUAUGCUUACGGAGGACAAUCAACGGAGAUGUACACCACCCAACAAGACAUCAUUGACAUGAAGGCAGCAUUUACAAAUGUUGGUAUUCCACUGAAAUUUGUUCUAAUUGGUAUAUGUUUAGUUAUUGUUGUAAUCACGGUUGCGAUAGCAUCUUUCUGGUAUAACAAUCAAAGAAACAUUUUAAAAGAAUAUGAGGGACAAGAAAACCCUGGACUCAACGAGCAAGACCCGAAUGAGCAUGAGUAUGAGGACAUAGAAAGUAUCCAAAUGAAUGAAGUCUAUUACUCAAACACUCAAAACAAUACGAGAGAUGCAAGUGAUACCGAAAUUGAACAGGAUAUCGAGAAUCGAAGUGGAACGACAAGUGAAGCAAACAGCUAUCUAGACAUGGACGAGUCAAAAUUUGCAAUGUACACAUACAUUUAAAUAGUUUUAUAUAUGUUGAUUCGUAUAGCUCAUUCUUAAAUGCAUUAGCAGUAUUUUUCCUUUUUUCAAAUAAACGAAGUUAAAACAUUGAAUUGAAAUGAAAUUGAAAUGAACUAUAAAGAAACUGCACGUACUCUUUUAUUGAAAACAAUUCUUUUUUUAAAGUAUUUUAUAAUUUCAUAAUCAUACCACUGGACAUUCUAUACUUUAUUGUUUUUUUAAUUUUACUUUUUGUGUAAAUAGUAAUUUCGUUUGUUUAAAUGCUGAUAUGAAAAGAUGCAGCUUUAGAUUCACAUAAGAUUGUUUUAAUAGAUUUUGAAGACCUGUAUAUACACAGUUUUGAUAUACACGACAUAGAAAUCAAAAUACAAAAUAUGUAGAUUUUGGUAUGUUUUGUCAAUGGUAUGCAGACAUGAUUUAAUACAUGCUAAUAUUAUAAAUAUAUUGUAUUCUUUUAUUAUAUAUAAUUCAUCUUGAAUAUAAAAAGUGUUCGUUUGUUGAUUUAUCGUCCUUUAUGUCAAAAGUGUUUUAAAUUGUUUUUAUUCAUUAUUUUGUACAUAAAUUAGGCCUUUUGUUUUCUCGUUAGUAUAGUUUUACAUUUGUCAUUUCGGGGCCUUCUAUAGCUGACUAUGCAGUAUGGGCUUUGAUCAUUGUUGACGGCCGUACGGUUGCUGAAAUCCACGUUAUUUGAACGUAGGAGUAAUUUGCUCUCUUCUGGAGAGUUUUUUCAUUAGCAAUAAUACCACAUCUUCGUAUCUUUAUUUUUGAUUUACUCAGUUGAUGUCGGAUUUGAAGCUAGCACCCGCGUAAAAAUUUAAAUCAAAAGAAAAUUAUAGGAGAUUGUGAAAAAGGAAUAACACGUUAUAUAUUUCGUGCGUCCGAAGCAUUUUUCUUGGUUUGCCUUGAUUAAGAAAUCUAACAAAAAACCAACUAAAUGAAAUGACUAUUAUACAUGUUGUGAUAAAUAAGAUAUCUGAUGAAAAUAGUUAGUUGACGAAUACUGUUCUUUAAGCCUAAAUUUUCAUAAAACCGAGAAAUGGAAAAUUUUAACAAAAUAUGUAUCUGAGCCUAUUUGGGGUAAAAUUUCUGACGAAACUCUCGAAACGUUCGACAAAAUAUGUCCCACUUCAAUUUAUAGCAUGUUAAUUUAUCAAAAUCAACUUUGAACACUUUUUAUCUUUGUGAAUGCAAUAAUGGACCUGAUAUUGAGAGUCAAAUAAUGCUCUUAUCUUACCAUUCCAAGCUUAACAUACUGAAGUAAUAUAUUGUUUUGUGAGAAACCGUUCGUAUGCUGACAUGUACUAAGUAGAUGUGGUAUUUUGUUUUAUGAUCAUACCAUAUGUACUUUUCCAAUACAAACAGUUUUUGUUGUUGUUUUUUAAACAUAUUUCUUUUCUUUUUCUUUCUCUUAUAUACAAAAAUAAGGAGAUGUGGAAUUAUUGCCAAUGUGACAACUAUCCACCAAAGUUCAAAUAAAGUGGAUGUAAGCAAUUAUAGGCAACCAUACGGCCUUCAACAAUAGGAAACAUCCAUACCGAAUAGUCAGCUAUAAAACAUCCCGACAUGAAAAAUAUGAAACAAUUCAAAUGAUUAAUCUAACGGCAUAUAUUUAGCAUGUAUACUAUAAUUUCAUUUAUGUUCUCCUUCGCUAUGCUCAUUCGAACAUAAAGAUUGUCUUAAUAAUACUUAAAUAUAACAAAAAGCAAUGUGGGAUGAGAAAUUGCACUGAUCAGUUUAAUAUUAAUAAAUUGUGACAAUUCUGUAAAUCAUGGUCUCCAAAUAUCCAAAUAAAUGGAAGGAAAUCUACAAAUACAAAAAUGUUCAACCAGAAAAAGAGAUAAUUCUAUUUAAUAACAUAUCAUGAAUGCAAAAUAUACGUGUCGAUCUGAUCAGUGAAUUUUUCUCGACAAGAGAAAAGGCGCGAAAUCGAAAGAUAUAAAUGUAUGAAAACCGAAUUACCGAGUCUAGGCGUAUGCAAAUAUUUAUACGCCAAAUUAAGAAAUGAAUGAAUUUAUCAAUAAUUAUAAAAUAGAAUAAUAGAAGAAUAUACAAAUAAGGAGUUGUGGUAUAAUUGCUUAUGAGAUUAAUAUCCAACAAAGAUAUAAGCAAUACUAGGUUAUAGAAGUUUGUUUUUAUUCUGUGAGUUGUUUUAAGUUGUUCGUUGUAGCCAUUUAGAUAAAUUUGUUUAAAUGUAUUUACAAUUAAACUACACUUGCGUAUAUUUACUUCACUUGAAUUUUGGUUGAUACAUUUAGUUUUUUUAUUGGCAAUCUCCUUAUUUUCAUAUUUGGAGAGUUAAAAAUAAACAAAACAUAUCUUAAUGACAAGUAUAUUGUAGAAGACCGUAAGUUGAACGUUAGAAGUAAAUACAUUUGUGUGUUGUUUAA